CACGUAUUGGCUAAGCAUAAUUGGAUAAGCGCUGUACUCGUUUUGGGCCCUGGCAGUGCCGUGUGUUUGCUCACAGCAGCAUCGCCACAGACACGCUGGUGAUACACUGCCUAUGAUGUCACUGCAGCUCCAGUGUCACCAGACACCAGGAAUUCUCAGCCCCGUGUAAGACCACCAUCAUAUUUGUGCACUCCUGAGCAGCUGGGCCCACUCCGGAAGAUCCGCCUCUGGCAUGACAGCCGGGGACCAUCCCCAGAAUGGUUCGUCAGCCACGUGAUGGUGAAGGAGCUGCACACGGGCCAGCCCUGGUUCUUCCCUGCACAGUGCUGGCUGGCUGCAAGCCGGGGAGAUGGCCGUGUGAUGCGGGAGAUCACCUGUCUGCACCAGGGACUCGGCUUCCGGAAGCUCUUCUAUUUCAAGUUCAUGGAGUACCUGGAGGACUUCCACAUCUGGCUGUCAGUGUACAGUCGGCCCUCCUCCAGCCGCUACCUGCACACACACAGGCUCACCGUUGCCUUCUCCCUGCUGUGUGUCUACUCCUGCCUGGCUGCUUCAGCCGCUGCUGGGGGACAGGAGCAGCUGCCGAUGGUUGUCACCCCCACUGCCGUCACUGCAGCGUCCUUCAGGCUGGCUCUUCUAUGUUCCCUCCUGGCCUCCCCCGGGGCGCAGCUCCUGUCUCUGCUCUUCCAGCUCAGCAAGGAAGACUCAAGGCCUGCCAGAGCCCAGCUACACAGCCCCCUGAGAGAAGCACAGGCAGAAGCAACUCUGGGUCCUGAUUCCAGUGGGAGGCUGUCAGGUCCCCAGGAGCCGUGCCAGCACCCUCCAUCAGCCGUUCCCUCUGCGAGUGCCAGGGCCAGAAGAAAGGCAGCAGACAGCAGUGGCAUGGCUUGUCCCCACCAGGAGCUGGAGGCCCAAGAAGCUGACCACUGCCAGUCUUCUCUGAGGGAGAAGAGUGUCCCUCACUCUCCCUGUUCUCAAGCUCCCAGCAGUGGGCUCGAAGGACUUGUGGCCCAGCAGCUGAAGGCCCACCUGCCUUGGUCAGACUUUGCAGCAUGGGCUGUUUGUGGAACAGUUUCCCUGGCCUGUGGUUUGGGAACAGGAUUUCUAGGCUACAGGUUUGGCCCAGCGCAGUGUGAGCAGUGGCUGUGCCUGUUGUCCCUGUCCCUGGUCUGCUGUGUUUUUGUCACUCAGCCACUCAUGAUAUGCAUCGUGGCUCUGGGCUUUGCUUGGAAAAGAAGAGACGACCACCACUUCUUUACCGAGUCGCUGGGUGAAGCGACCAGGAACUUGGACUCCGAGCUGGAAGGCCUUGCCAGGAUGCCCUUUGCCCUUUCUCCGCACCGCUGCCUCCCCGAGUGUGCUGGGCAAGCUCGACAAGUCCUGGCUGCCCGACUACGAGCGCGCCACCUGCGCUUGGUACAUCCCCCGUCCACAGACGAGCUCAAGGACACCAGGGCGAGGCUGAGGAGAGAGAAUCGCACGCAGGCAGCCCUGAGGUGGGUGAGCCCCCUGGGGGGCCUGCUUUGGUCCCACUCUCUUUUCUUUAUUCGCUCAUGGUAGGGUGCAGGCAUU